AUGCUCGAGCUGGAGACGAAUCCUUGGAGGAUACAUCAGGCGGUGAAACCUGGUCUUUCGGAUGCUUGGGAGCGUCAUGAAAGAGACCGUCGCCUUGUGUCGCUCAGUGCCAAGGAAGUGAAUGAAGUCUAUGAGGAGCAGUGGCAUCGAGCGAUGGACCACUUCCAGAACGAGAUCUUUGUCACCACCCUCACCGUUGGCGAUGAGAAGUCUUUUCAGUCCCAUGCCAUGUCUGAGAAUAGGUUGAUUUCAAAGAACCCCGACCUUGUUGAGAAUGACCGCUUCCCCAAGACCUUUGUCACUGAGGUCUACACAAACACAGAGCGAGUUGCGCAGACGGCUCGCAAACGAGGACAUCGAGUGGGAGCCUCAAUGAGCUUGGAAUCAGGAUGGAACUUUCUCCGUCCACUGGAUCGCAAAGCGGCCAGAGCCGUCCUGAAGCGUGAAAGUCCUUUCUUUUUGGCGCUGGCAUUUCCUUGUUCCUUUUGGAGUGUGUUACUCAACCUCAACCCUCCGAAGAAUGGCACCAAGAUGUAUGAGGAAGCAAUCACCCUCUUGCAGUUCGCCCUCCAAUUGGCCAAGGACCAGAAGAGUCGUGGUUGUCACUUUGUUUUGGAGAACCCUCAAUCCUCUAGAGCAUGGACCCUGGAAGAGAUGCAAAGAGCCUUGGAGCAACUUGAGGCCCGUUGUGUAGUCUUCCACCAAUGCCGAUUCCGCUUGAAGAACCAGGCGGGUGAUCUACUUCGGAAAGCUACGAGGAUAGCCACUUCGAGUGAUGAGGUCCUUUCCCAACUGGACGGCAUGAAGUGUCUUGGCAAUCACCCUCAUGGUCACAUCAUUGGGGGAAAAGCUGUUUCAGAGCCCGCUGGCCACUAUCCGUGGGCCCUCGCAAAGGCCCUGGUGGUUGGCAUGGAAAAGCAGUUUGAAGCUGACUUCAAAAGACCACACAACAUCCUUGCCAUCGAAGACGGUGAGGAGGCUGAAGAUGAGACCGCCCUGCCGAUUGACAUGAACCUGAGUGACUCUGAUCAGGAGUCCACUGAAGCUGCCACUGGACCCAAGGUGUCAGAGGCAGUAAGCGCCUACAACUCGGACAUCAACGACGCUGGUGUCUCUCCUACGCAAGCUGCCUUUGGAAAGCAACCCCGGAUGCACGGAGAUUGCCUUGGUGAUUUUGGUCGCCGCUUGAGUGAGCAUGGACUCAUCGACUCUCGGCCAAGUUUGGCCAGACAAGUUGCCAUGCGAGAGACUGCUCGCUUGGCGACGGUACGCCUUCAUUUUUCCAAAGGUGGUCCUAUCUCAAGAGGAUGGUCUCGGCAUACUUCUUCUUUGCCAGACUUGGGUACAUCUCCAUUUCCUGAAGCUGUACGAGCUGCCUUUGAACAGAGACGGCAGAGCGUUUCCAGUGCCGCCCCAAGUGCUAGCGGCGAGUCACAAGCUUCCAAGAGGCCUGCUGAACUGGAUGCUGAGCGCUUGCGUGAAGAAGCUCUUCAACCAGACCCUGUUGCUCCAACUCCGGUUCAACCUCCAGAUGAAGUUCCUGAUGAAGCUUCCGAAGCCCUGAGAGUGACUCAUGAAGUGAUGGAAAUGGAAGCCUAUGCCAAUGUGCAUCCGCUCCGUCAGAUCCAGAUCAUGGCGGAACAGGAUCGUCUGAAUCCCUUGGAAGCCAGAGUCCGAGACCAUGGGACAUGGCGUGGCAAUUGGCCUCUCCCCUCGAGGACAGGAUUCAAACGACGGCAAAUGCUGAAGCAACUUUGGCCCCUUGGCAAUGAUGAUGCUGCUCAGGAAGUGCUUGCAGUGCUCACUGCUCGUAAGGAGCAUGUAUGGAGUCACAUGUCGGACUUUGAGAAAAAGGAGUUCCGUGAAGCAGCAGCCAAAGGAUGGUCAGUAUGGGUUGAAAAUGAAGCCAUCGAACCUCUUCCAGAUGCCGAAGCUGCCCGCAUUAGGCAGAAGUUGAAGACAGAAGGUGAAAGCCGCCGCAUCUUGGUUCCUCGCUUCGUCUAUGUGGACAAGAAUGACGGACUGAGGACGGCAGACCGGGACCUUCCACUCAAGGCUAACGCCAGGCUGGUCGUCCCCGGAUACCAAGACAUUAGUGCAUAUGGCCUUCGCUGUGAUGCUCCAACAGCGUCGAGAACUUCUCAGAAUCUUUUGCUGACCUUUGCCGCCAGUAUGAAGUGGAAGCUGGCAAGUGCUGACAUCAAGUCGGCAUUCAUGAAAGGUGAAGAGUUUGGCCCCAAUGAACGCAUCCUCUACCUCGCCAACGUGAAGACCAGAGCACCUGAUGAGCCACGCCUACCAUUCUCGGAGGCAGGCUUAUGCCGUGUGAAAAAGGGAGUAUUUGGCUUAGCUGACAGCCCUCGUCGUUGGUAUAAGAGGUUAUGCAAGUCAGUACAACACCAUGGUUGGCAACUUUCAGCUCUAGAUUCGGCCGUGUGGUUCCUGUGGGAAGGUUCCAAAUUGGAAGGCAUCCUCAUCUCCCACGUGGAUGACUUGCUACUGGCCGGAGGCCCUCGUGCGCACCACACCUUGCAAUUGCUGGGUGCCGAACUUGGGUUUGGUUCCACCUCCACCGGAACCAUAACCUAUUGUGGAAAGAAGAUUGAGCAAGCUGAAGAUUUUUCAGUGAAAGUUUCCAUGGAAGAGUACCAUAGCAAUCUUCAGCAGGUGCGCAUCAACCCACUUCGAAAGAAGAAUCCAGAG